AUUUUUAUAAUUUUUAUUUACCAUAUUAUGAGAGAUAUUUGUAGUCAAAACAAAUUUUCGUAAAGCGAGAAUGCCUUAUAUUUUGAAACAUUUUAUAAUAAAAGACAUUUAAAAUCUAAAAAGUACAUUGAUAAACGCGUACAAUCAAAAUUCUAGCAAAACAUAAGAUGGUGCAUAUUAUAAGAAAAUUAAUUCUAGGUAAGCGCACUAAACACCAAAUCUAUUUCUCCAAACAGAAAAUUCCCCACCACACAUAAAAAUACAACUUCUAGCAAAAAAAAAACACAUUUCUAGCAAAAACAAAUUACCUACUACAUGAAGAAAAAAACAAAGGAAAAUCCAACGGUCACAUACACGGGUGUGCAAUCAUAAGAAGACAACCACGUGCACUCCUCGUGACUAGUGUGAAACUCCUAGAAAAAGCAUCCUUAACCUCCACAAUCUUCAACUCCCAAGUGUACGUACACUACUUCCAUGUUUUCUCAACGGUCAUAUUUCACCGACAUUAUCCCAACGGCUAUAUUUUCAUUUCCCACCUAAAUCUCAACCGUUUGAUCUUAAUCUAACGUCCAUAAUCACUCUUUUCUUCCACUAUUAACCAUCAUUUUCCAUCCUUCACCACAUAAAAAGCAUUGGUCAACAAAGUAGCUUUGAUAGGGACAGCUAUGGAACUAGAAGUUGCAGAGUAGAAGAAGAACAACAACAACAUAAUAUAGAAAGAUAGAAAGAAAAAAGAAAGAAAGUGGGUGGUUUUUAUUUUGUGGGAUUUUCUGCUGCUAUGGAAUUCAUGGUGUAUGAUUCAACAACAUCUGAAUUGGGUUCUUUUCUUCAUCUGAGUUUCUGCUGCCAAUUUGAUGAACAAGUAUGUUUCUUCACUUCACUUAUUUCAAUUUUGUUUGCAAAUCAAAGACUUUUCAAAAUUAAUUUAUACUGAUAAUCUUGGAAUCCGAUGAUUUCUUCAUUCUUUGGGUUUUAGAUUUUGAUUAAUAUUGUUUAUAUUUCUGAUCAAUUCUUUCAUAUGUUGUAGUUCUGAUUUAUUUGUAGGUAGAAAUUCAUUCAUUCAUUUAUUGCACAUAUAUAUUAUUUGAUUGUAGAAACACACAAUUGAAUUUUCACUCAAUUUUUUUUAACUUCUUUCAAAUUCAUCGGAUUCCCCUUUGAUUUUUUUUUUUGGAAUUCUCACACACCCACAAAUAGAUAUCUUUGAAUUUGAGAAAUUUGUUCAUAUAUAAUCAUAUAGAGCAAAGUAUAUUAUUGCUACAAUUGCAUAUUGCAUGCUUUGAGAUUUACAACAGAGAUAUCAGAAGAAAAAAAAAACAGAGUGUGAGAGAAAACAGAGAGAAAAACAGGGGAAAAAAAAGAGGGAAGAAGAAAAGAUUAGAAGAAGAAAAAGGUUGGUUAGUGGAGAAGAAUGUUGGCUGGGUGUUCUUCCACAUUGUUGUCACCAAGGCAUAGAUUGAGGAGUGAAGCAUCAGCACAGUUUCAAGCUUGUCAUUAUCCAUUACCUUCAAUGAGCACACAGAGAUUGGAUUUACCCUGCAACUUUCCAAGAAAAGAAGUUAAUCGGCCGCAAUCGAUCCGAUCACCGGUGGGUCUGUCCGUAGAGAAACCGAUCGAAACGAAGACAUUGAAGCAAAGUAUCAAGGUGCCGCCAUCGCCGGAGGGGAGGAGAGAGGUGAAGGGAGAGUUUUGGAGGGAGAAAGGGAAGAAGAGUUUAAAGAGGAGGUUUAGAGAACAAGGGUCUUUUGAUGAUGAUGAUGAGGAGGAAAAUGAUGAUUCUUGUGUUGGGAGAGCUAAAAGGAAGAAGGGUAGUUUUGAGUUUGGAGAAUCUGAGUGUUUUUCUCCAGAAGGUAAAGAUCACUUGAGUUUAAGUCAUUUGGGUAGUGGUGAGAAUUUCUGGAUUCAGCAACCUGGUUUUGGGGUUGUUAAUUUCCCUCAAGUUCCAUUUUCUAUCACUUGUUCAAGUGAAGAAGAAAGGGUGUGUUUUGCUCCUACUGAUGUGGUUUCACCACCACCUUUGCCACCAUUGUCACACACUCCUUGGGUUGAAUCUGAUGUUACUGAGAUCCCUGAAUAUGGUGGUGAUAAAGAGGGCGAGCCUAGUCAUGGGCCUGUUACGACAACAUCGGGUUCUAGCUCUUCUUCUGAGAGCCAUAGCUUCGGGCUUAGGCUUAGUGAGAAUGUUUCUGAGCGUGAAUUUGGGAAUGGGGCUAUGAAUCCUAACCCUGGUGAUGGUUCUAGGGCUGUUCGGAACCACAACAAUGAUGAUCAGACUGAGCAACAAGGGUUUGAGCUCAUCAGUUUUCUUAUGGGCUGUGUUGAAGCUAUUACAUCGAGGAAUAUUCCAGCUGUCAAUCAUUUUAUUGCAAAGUUGGGAGAACAAGCUUCUCCAAGGGGCCGGUCCACUAUUAGUCGUCUCACAGCUUACUUCACUGAAGCUUUAGCCUUGAGGGUGACCAGGUUAUGGCCUCGUAUGUUUCACAUAAGUGUUCCUAGGGAGCUUGAUCGUUUUGAUGAUGAGUCUGGUGCAGCUGCAUUUAGGCUUUUGAAUCAGAUUAGUCCUAUCCCAAAGUUCAUUCACUUCACCGCUAAUGAGAUGUUGCUGAGAGCCUUUGAAGGCAAAGAUAAGGUGCACAUCAUAGACUUUGAUAUCAAGCAAGGGCUUCAAUGGCCUGGCUUUUUUCAAAGCUUAGCCUCGAGGCAUAACCCUCCUAGUCAUGUAAGGAUCACUGGAAUAGGGGAGUCGAAGCAAGAAUUAAUUGAGACAGGAGAGAGGUUGGCUAGCUUUGCUGAGGCAUUUAAUCUGCCUUUUGAGUUCCAUCCGGUUGUUGAUCGUUUGGAGGAUGUUAGGCUAUGGAUGCUCCACGUGAAGGAAGGAGAAAGUGUGGCAGUGAACUGCAUAUUACAGCUUCACAAGACUCUAUAUGAUACUACGAAUGCUUCAUUUAGGGACUUCAUGGGUUUAAUCCGAAGCACUAACCCUAUAGCUUUUGUUAUGGCUGAGCAAGAAGCUGAUCACAACGAACCCAACAUGGAAAUGCGGGUUUGUAGUUCACUUAGAUACUACUCAGCCAUAUUUGAUUCAAUUGAUUCUAGCCUUCCUUAUGAUAUCCCAGCGAGGGUGAAGAUUGAGGAGAUGUUUGGCCGUGAAAUUAGAAACAUAGUUGCUUGUGAAGGGAGUGAUAGGAUUGAAAGGCAUGAGAAGUUUGGGAAUUGGAAAAGGCGAAUGGAGCAAGUAGGAUUUUGGUGUGUGAAAAGGAACGAGAGAGAGGUAUUUCAAAGCCAGAUGCUGCUGAAGAUGUACUCUAAUGAAAGCUAUAAUGUGGAACAACAAGGGGAUGACGCCAUUACAUUGAGGUGGAUGGAUCAACCACUCUAUACUGUCUCUCUGUGGGCUUCUGUUGAUGCCACUGCAGGGAGUUCUUCCAGCUUUUCUCAGCCAAUGUGAUUCAGCGCUGAUGGAUUUUGCUCAGAGUGUAGAAAAUACUACAGACAGGAGAUCAAAUUCUUUGUAGGUGUAGAGGAAUUCUUUGAUUCUUUCAUGCAGAUAUAAUUAUUUUUUCUUACUUUUUGGUGAUCAGCCAGGAUUCAAUUCUACAGGAUACAGUUAGCUUUUCUUUUCUCAAUACAGAUUUGGGUUUGUUUUCUUUCUUUAUAGGCCAUACAUAUUGGUUCUAGCUAGAUGUGAAGGAUAGUUUAUUCAUGUUUAUUCUUCAAAUUCUUUUCUGUAAUGAAUUCUUUGUAGGUUAUUUUCAAGACUAUAUGUCUAUUCAUUUGUUAUUCAAGAUCACGUGGAAUAAGAUUUAUUCAUUUUGAGGUUGUUUUA